AUGUCUACGACCGCUGUUGUCCCCGCCGACGACGCCAUGGAGCCUACGCUCCAGUCGAUUCUGAGCCAGAAGACACUGCGCUGGAUCUUCGUCGGGGGUAAGGGAGGUGUAGGAAAGACGACCACUUCGUGUUCUCUGGCGAUCCAACUGGCCAAGGUCCGCAAGUCGGUGCUGCUCAUUUCCACCGACCCCGCGCAUAACCUGAGCGAUGCAUUCGGGCAGAAGUUUGGCAAGGAGGCGCGUCUCAUUGAUGGCUACACCAAUUUGAGUGCCAUGGAGAUCGAUCCCAACGGGAGUCUUCAGGAUCUUCUAGCGGGAGGUGAAGGACAGAACGAUGACCCUCUCGCGGGCAUGGGCAUGGGAAACAUGAUGCAGGACCUGGCUUUCAGUAUUCCCGGUGUCGAUGAGGCCAUGUCUUUCGCCGAAGUUCUCAAACAAGUCAAGUCGCUAUCCUACGAAGUGAUUGUGUUCGACACCGCGCCGACAGGUCACACGCUCCGCUUCCUGCAGUUCCCAACGGUGCUUGAGAAGGCUUUGGCGAAGCUGUCGCAGCUGUCCUCGCAGUUUGGCCCGAUGCUCAACUCGAUACUGGGAUCCCGCGGUGGUUUGCCCGGCGGCCAGAACAUGGAUGAGCUCUUGCAGAAGAUGGAGUCUCUGCGCGAGACGAUCAGCGAGGUCAACUCGCAGUUCAAAGAUGCCGACCUCACGACUUUUGUCUGCGUCUGCAUUGCCGAAUUCCUGUCGCUAUACGAGACCGAACGCAUGAUCCAAGAGUUGACCAGCUACAGCAUCGACACCCAUGCCAUUGUUGUCAACCAGCUGCUCUUCCCCAAAGAAGGAAGCCAGUGUGAGCAGUGCAAUGCCCGCCGCAAGAUGCAGAAGAAGUAUCUCGAACAGAUCGAGGAGCUGUACGAGGACUUCAACGUGGUGCGGAUGCCUUUGUUGGUGGAAGAGGUCAGAGGAAAGGAGAAGCUGGAAAAGUUCAGUGACAUGCUCGUGCAUCCUUACGUCCCCCCUCAGUAA